AUGAUUAGUGGAAAGACCUUACGCUUCCGCACUGUUGAAAUUUGUUCUUCCAUAUUGAGCAUAUUUCACCAAAAAACUGCUAAUACACGUGAAACAGCAGUGCUUCAAAAAGUUUUGAGAAGAGCAGAAUCUUGA